AUGUCGCUGAAUGUUAUUCUAGAAGUUGAGUUGUUCAACGUGUGGGGGAUUGAUUUCAUGGGACCCUUUCCAUCAUCUUACAACAACAAGUAUAUAUUGCUUGCUGUGGACUAUGUGUCUAAAUGGGUGGAAGCAGCGACAUCUCCUACGAAUGAUGUACGACAUAGAACCGUUUUGCCUUAUCAUCCGCAGUCCAAUGGGCAAGUGGAAAUUUCUAAUAGGGAGGUCAAGAGCAUUCUUGAAAAGACCGUUAAUAGCUCAAGGAAGGAUUGGUCUAAAAAGCUUGAUGAUAUUUUAUGGGCUUAUAGAACGACAUUUAAGACUCCCAUUGGCAUGUCUUCUUAUCGGUUGGUUUUUGGUAAGGCUUGCCAUUUACCAGUAGAAUUAGAACAUCGAGCAUAUUGGGCAAUGAGAAAGUUGAAUAUGGAUUGGAAUGCAGCUGGGAAAAAUAGGCUAAUGCAAUUGAAUGAACUUGAUGAGUUUAGGAAUAAAGCCUAUGAGAAUGCCAUGAUUUACAAGGAACGCACCAAGGCAUGGCAUGACAAGAACUUGUCUCACAAAGAAUUUCAACCCGGGAAGUUGAAAUCAAGAUGGUCGGGACUGUACACAAUAGUAACGGUAUUUCCUUAUGGUUCGUUUGAGUUAAAAAAUCGAAAUAAUGAAACAUUCAAGGUGAACGGUCAACGAGUGAAGCCAUACUUGGGUGGUCCCAUUGAUCAAGCCAAGUCCAUUAUUCUGUUGAAGCCUCUUUGA